AUGCUGCAGCACGACGCCCCUGGCCAGGCAUCCUUUGCAAACUACAAGCGUCGGCAAGUCGUGGAGCCGCGACCUGGUGACAGGGUGGUACCGCUCCACUUUUUCGAGAACAGUCUUCUCGUUCAAGGCAAUAACAUGGCUGUAUCGCUCGUGUUUGACAAUGUGCUUGACCCGGAAAAGCUCCGGCUGUCACUCGAAGCGCCCUUCCUAACCGAGAACCGCCGUAUGUACCAGGCUUCCGGCAAGAUCGAAUGGCACAUUCCUGUAGAGUUCACAGCUGAGAGACCCGCAAUAACAUUUACUCAUGUCGACCACGGCGUAUCUGCGGCAUCACGUCCAGCGGCCUCUCGAAUUCCAAAACCAAGUAGCCGCCCGGCUGUUGUUGGUGAUCCAGAUGACCUCGCGGACUUGGCAUGGGAGUCUGGUUAUCAACCGGGCGGCAUCAAGGACUACCUCGCCUCCGACAAGCUAGUGUUGGGACUGCGUGUCAAUUCCUUCACCGAUAAGACCAUCGUGGUGCUGCAAUGGGAAGACGAGAUCCCCACGCCGUGCAAUCCCGAUUCGGAUCCGUUUGACGUACUGGCCCAAGGAACGCGGCCCGCCACAGAGCCACAUGUCCUUACUGAUCGCCGAGUUGGACUGGAAAAAGCACUUGAGGAGCUUCGCUCCUCGGCCAUCCAGAACGGUGAGGACGCCUCCAAGGUUUUCCUAACUGGAAAUGAUAUCUUAACAGCUUGGACAAUACGCUCCGUCGUCACAUCCAUGGGCAUGACCCCUAGUAGGACGGUUGCUGCAUCCAUCGCCAUGUCCCUUCGCAAGGCGUUUGAGGGUGAUCUCAUUCCCAACUCUGCUACAAACCCAUAUGUUGGCAAUGCCUUUGGCUGGGCCAACAUCCUUGUGCGGCGGGCAAUUAAUCAACAGGGGACGCGGGCUCAGCACGAAGCUUACUACUCGAUGGUGCGGACAUCUGGCACUGGCCUGCCAAUCAUUAUCUUUGGCGAUGGCGGCAUGGCCCAGAUCGGCAGUUCCAACUGGUCUAAAGCUGGUCUGUUCAAUCUUGAUUUUGCACCAGCACGCAAGGUCCCAAGGGCGGCAAUGUUCCUUGCAGGCCUUGAUAUGUUCAAGAAAACCACGGGCCUGUCAAGCCCGCGGAUGGGUUUUUCGUCUUUGGCAAGGACAGUAAAAGCAACUACUGGACCUCGGCUUACAAAGUAA